UUUAAAUUUAACUCGAUGCUAGUUUGUUCAAGCCAGGAUGAUCUGCCAGAGAUAGGCACGCCUUUGGGCAGAGUUCGGGGAUAUUGGAAGAUUUCAGAUGGCAGGAAAUAUGCUGUUUUUGAGGGAAUCCCGUACGCAACACCGCCCGUGGGCGAUCUGAGAUUCGAGGAACCUGAACCCAUACAGGCUUGGUCAGAAACCUUGGAAGCAAACACUCUUCACACGUGCAUUCAAACUACGUUUCGUUCCGAUAACGCAAUAUUUGGAGACGAAGAUUGCCUUUACUUAAACGUGUACAUCCCUGAAGAUUCCGUGAAGAACCCGAAAGCGCUCGAUGUGAUAGUUUCGAUACAUGGUGGUGGUUUUUUGAUGGGUAGUGGUCACACCGGUUUUAAUGCGACCCUAGAGCAGGAUGUCGUGAUUGUAUCUUUCAAUUACCGUCUUGGUAUUCUAGGAUUCCUCAGCACGGAAGACGACGUCAUACCCGGCAACAACGGCAUGAAAGACCAAGUCUUAGCACUCAAAUGGGUCAGAGACAACAUCGCUUCGUUCGGCGGAAACCCCCACUCCGUCACCAUAGUCGGCCUAUCAGGGGGCGCAGUCAGCGUCCACCUCCACUAUUUCUCCCCCCUCUCAAAAGGAUUGUUCGUCAAAGGGUUUUCGCAGAGCGGUUCGGCUCUAACAACGUUCGCGAACAGGAAGAAAGCAUUGGAACGUGCCAAGAAGCUCGCUGCUUUAGUGGGUUGUCCUGACAGUCCCUCAGAAGAACUGAAGAGUUGUCUUAAACAGAUACCAGCGCAAACGCUGAUACAACAAAUGGUGCAUUUUUCCAGUUACGAGAACUUGGCGCCACCAACACCUUUUACUCCAGUUGUGGAAAAAGGAUCAGCAAACGCUUUCUUAGACGCAGAACCUUACCAGCUCUUGAAGGAAGGUAAAGUUCUUGAUGUGCCUUGGAUUACUUCCUUUGUUACUGCUGAGGGACUGUUUAUUACGGGAUAUUUAUAUGAAAACUUGGAAGAGAUAAACGAGAGGUGGGUAGAACUAUCUCCCGAUCUGCUGGAUUACAGGGACACAGUAGAUGCAUCAGAAUUGGAGACUGUACCAAAGGAACUUUUGGACUACUAUUUGGGAGCAGGAGAAGAGAUUAAUAAGAAGAACUUCAAAAAAUUCACCCAGAUUUUCACCGACAGAUAUUUUGCUGCCGCUGCAGAACUGUCAGCUAAACUGCAAGCCAGUGUAAACAAAUCUCCUGUAUAUGUUUACUUAUUUAACUACACUGAGGGUGUGUAUAAAAUGAGCGACAUAUUAUAUCCCGAUGGGGUAGAAGGUGUGGCCCAUACUGAAGAUGGAAUCUACUUCUUUGGGGUGAUAAAUGGAGAUUCGUUCUCAGAACAGGAUAAACGCUUGAUUACUGCUUGUCACAACGUGUUGUACUCGUACGCCAGCAGCGGUAAUCCUUCUUUCGAUGGGACAGACACUUGGCAACCAACCGGAUCUGAAGAGUUGACUUACUUGGUUGUCAAUGGACCAGAAGACAUAAAGCUGCAAAGGAGGGAAGGAUUGACUCAUGUUGACUUUUGGAGCAAGCUCGGACUCUUGGAAAAUGAAAAUGUUGUAAAGGACGAACCGUAGUUUCCUUUCAGUAUCUUAUGUAUUUUAUAGACAAUUUUAAAUGAUUUCUAUGAAAUAUUCUGUAUCUUGUAUUUAUAGUGUAUGCAAGAAAAAAAUUUAAAAAAGCAAUUCAUUAAG